UCCUCCCCGUGCACAACGCCGAGCCCUGGCUGGACGAGUGCUUGCGGUCCGUCCUGCAGCAGGACUUCCAAGGCUCCAUGGAGCUCUCGGUCUUCAACGACGCCAGUCAGGAUCAGUCUGCGGCCGUCAUUGAGAGAUGGAAGGGGCGGCUGGAAGACGCGGGGAUCCCCGUGGUCAUCGGAGGGCACGACGCUCCUGCACCCCGGGGAGUUGGAUAUUCUAAAAAUCAAGCCAUAGCACAGAGCUCAGGAUCUUACCUUUGCUUUUUGGAUUCGGACGACGUGAUGAUGCCUCAGAGGGUGAGGCUCCAGCUGGAGGCUGCUGCCCAGCACCCGACAAGCAUUAUCGGUUGCCGAGUAAGGAGAGAGCCCCCCAACUCCACUGAGCGAUACACACGGUGGAUCAACCAGCUAACGCCGGACCAGCUUCUUACUCAGGUUUUUACGUCCCAUGGCCCGACUGUGAUUAUGCCGACCUGGUUCUGCUCCCGAGCAUGGUUUUCCCACGUGGGCCCAUUUGAUGAAGGCGGGCGGGGUGUGCCCGAGGACCUGCUGUUCUUCUACGACCACCUCAGGAAGGGCGGCGGGGUCGUCCGCGUGGACCAGAGCCUCCUCCUCUACCGCUACCUCCCAGACGCCGCCACCCACUCUGUCCUCGAGACCACCAUCUGGACCCACCGUGUCUGCUUCCUGGAAGAACGGGUCCUGCCGCGCUGGGCAGCUUUCACCAUCUGGAACGCGGGCAGGCAGGGCCGCCGGCUCUACCGCAGCCUGACGGCUGAGGCACGACGCAAGGUGGUUGCCUUCUGUGACGUGGACGAGAACAAGAUCAGGAAAGGCUUCUACUGCCACGAGGACUCUCAGGAAAGGCCUAAGCCUCGUGUUCCAAUCCUGCAUUUCCGAGCUGCCCGGCCGCCCUUCGUCAUCUGUGUGAAGCUGGACCUCACUGGGGGUGCGUUUGAGAACAACCUGAGGUCGCUGCACCUGCGGGAAGGCCAGGACUUCCUGCACUUCAGCUGACGGGCCCUGGCAGCCACUCCAGGGGGUGUGAUCAGGUGCAGCCAGGGACGGUAAACGCUCCCCCAAGUCAGUGACUGAGCCGGGAGGGAAAACUACGCCCCAGGACGGAAGCGGCACCCGCGCCUGCCUCAACCCACCAGGUCCCUCGGCCCAUCGCCACACGCGCCCACGAGGGCCGCUCCUUCGCUGGCCCAGACACAGUGCACCCUCGGUUCAUGGCCCCGAGCACGGCACAGCCCUCGUCUCGGAUGCUGAACUCUCUCACCACCGCGACACCGACACCGCAUCCAAGCUUCGACCCGGGAGACAGCAGACGAGGCGCGGCCUGCGGGCCCUGAGGUGGUGAACUUCCGUACCCGGCAGCCUCGCUAGCCUUCAGGCUUCACCUAAGGCUCAGCUUGUUUCCAACGUAAUAAAAGAACGAGUCCGCGCAGCGUCCGUGACAUCUGACCCCACGCGGCCUCUCCGCACCCCAUCACAGCGCGUUCAGAACAAGAGACCGAAGUCGUAAGAGACGCUCUACGUCUGCUAUUCACACUGAAACCUUGGAAAGACGACAGCGGCGACGUAAGAACGAAGAGAUGACACGCAGGCAAACCUCACUCCGCGGCACAGCCUCGUCGUGGCUCGGGCUGCAACGACUGGUCUAGGGCGUCCUCGCAAGAACAGUCAAGCCAAGUUUCUCCCAGGACUGAGAUCUGGGCACCUGGUUUCCAUCAGAAGGGGCCACAGUGGACUGUGCAGCUGAAUCCCCAGAGAAGUACCCAUUUCCUCCUCCUCCAAAGUGCCUGACCCCCUUCUUGCCCUG